GAGUGAGUCAUCUACGCUGCAAGUCUCAGCUUCAUGUUUCCGUACAUUGUCCAUAGCAGGCCUAAGCUUCGCAAGUUUGCUCAGAAGCUCAUCUGCAGCAUCCUGACAAGCAGCAGCAUCAUGUCUGUACCUGAUGCUCCACCUACACAUCCUGCAGUACCUGCCUCUUGUUUCCUUCUGCCUUCCAGUCAUAAAGUCAUCGGCAGCAACAUCCUUGCCAGUUUCAACAUUGCACAUCUUCGGCUUUUUCAAAUUGGUGCUGCACCUGUUCCCUCAGGCAGAAGUUAAGGCUACAUGUGAAGCAGUGCUCCAACUCAUGGGGGCUGGCCACCCUACUGUCGUGCGAUGUGGCUUGGUCAUGUUGCAGUCCUUCUUUUCUUCAAGGCCAUGUGCUGCUGUAACAUUGAGCCCAGAGUUAAAUGCUCAGCUGGUUAAUGCACUGUAUGACUACAAGCCUGGUGUGCGAGAUCACAAACUGUUCGAUGUGUGGCUUGUCACUGUACAAGAAGCGUUGGCGAACCUACAAAGUUCGUCAGAUGAACUCUUCCUAAGCAACCUUCCAAAGUUUGUGGAGAUUGUUGUUGAAAGCUGGCUCAGUGGAAGGUCGGAGACCAUUUGCACUGCCUCAACAGUGCUGAUGACAUUGCUUAAGCAGAGCUUUCAAGCCUGCUUGGACAAGGAAGCAGAAAAGAGUCCUACAAAUAGCUUGUGCCACACUACUGGUACCAAAGUUAUCGAGCACUUGCAGCGAGCGUUGCACUACCAGUUUGCGUCGGCCUGGGACCUGGUGCUUUUGACAUGGGCUGCUUGCUUUGAGGUCCUCGGCAAGAAAUGUGCACCUGACAUGCUUCAGGCACUGAGCAAUAUUGCAGAGUUGCGUGAAUCUCAGGCCUACUCAAACAGUGCUAUGGUAGACAGAACUAUAGCUACAGCUGUCAAGGCCAUGGGACCCGAGCUUGUGUUGAAAGCCAUUCCACUGGAUAUGAGUGGAGAAGAGGGCCAAGACUUCAAAAGGAGUUGGAUGCUGCCACUCCUGCGUGACAACAUACGGGCUACGCGGCUUUCUUUCUUCACGACCUACUUCCUCCCGCUAGCUUCUGCUUUCCACGAGUUGGCUGAAGCUCCGGACAAGCCUGCAUCGGUUACCAAGGCCUACGAGAUAUUGGAAAGGCAAAUAUGGUCACUUUUGCCUGGCUUCUGUACUAGGCCGACAGAUUUUAUUGAGUCCUUUCCAAGGAUUGCCAGAACACUUGGCGUCUACUUGGUCAAUCGAUUAGAUCUGAGGCUUGACAUCAUGUCUGCUCUGCGGCACCUCAUCAGCAGCAACAUCAUAAAUGAGGAGGGUGUUCCAGAGAUGCGUAGGUAUGCGAAGAACUUUCUGCCAAUCUUGUUCAACAUCUACACAAGUGAGUCACCAUCGCAAUGUGAGGAAGGAAUCCGCCUGGCUGCCUACGAUACCAUCAAGGCAUUUGUUCAAAUUGCAGAUGACCAGCUUUGUGCUACGCUUUUCUUCAGUGCAUCUGCAAAACUGUCAGAUGAGCAGAUUACUUCUCACAGCAAGCAUGCCAUCUUAGACCUGGCAAGAUCCUUAGUCUGCAAAAUGGGUCUUGAGAAUGUUGAACGCCUGUACAUGCUAGGCAAGGGCAACUUGGAGGACUCUGACCGUCGAGUACAAAAAAAGGCAUACCGUGUCAUGGAAGAAAUUUGCCGUUGCCCAACUCCUGUUUGUAAGGAAUUUAUUGAAACUCAUGUUGGAGAACUUAGUGAAGUUCUUCUGGAUAGCCUGCAGAGCAUAGCCCCAGGAUCAAGAGCGCCACGCCUACGUUGUUUGGUCCUUUUGCUUGGUAACCUGAGUGUUGAGCACAAGUCUUUUGCGUGGACAGCUCUUCAUGAGGCAGUGCUGUCCACAAAAGUCAAUGCUGCUAAGGUGCGGCAGGCAGCCUACGAAGUUGUCAUAAGUGUGGGCAAGGCACUGAUCCGUUGGCAGCCAGAGGACCCUGGAGCAGCUAUUAGAGAGCUGGUGUCCCAGCUUACAGCAGGUUUCACAGGUGCUUCCUACCUAGUCAGCUGCACCAUCUCGUCUCUCUCCGUUGCCCUCUUCGAGUUCAAAGAUGUCUGCAGCAGUGACGUGCUGAAUGCUGUAGUUGAGGCUGUGGAGAUAGUCAUGGCAUCGCAUAAUCGGGAGAUUGUGCAGGCAGCUCUUACUUUUGUGCGGAUGCUGUUUGUCAUCCUUACGCCAGAAGAAUUGGCUCAGCAUUUGAACAAGCUGAUCCCCAAUCUGUGCUCAAUGUCUGAAGACUGCCGGAAGCACUUCCGAAUGAAGCUCCGGGACAUCUUUGUCAAAUUGAUUCGAAAGUUUGGCUAUGAAAACAUCAUUGGACUCCUACCAGAGUCCUACCGGAAGUUAGCCGUCAAAAUUCGUAAAGUUGAGAAACGAAAAAAGCGAAAGAAGGAUGAGAAGAGCAGGGAGUAUCAGUCCAAGGACAGACAUGAGGAUGAUGUGGCCAGCAGCUCGGGCAUCCUUGGACCAUCUGCCACUGAAGGGAUUGAGCAGAUUUUGCAGGACAGCAGUGAAGAUGAAUCUGAUGAUGGCGAUGAGAACGUUGCAGCAAGUAGGAGAGGCAAGAAGGCUGCGUCUGCAUGGAUUGAAGAGCAAGGAGAAGAUGACAUAGUUGACUUCCUGGAUAAAUCUGCUGGAAAGCAGAUACUGUCUACUGAUCCUAAAGCACCGCCAAAAAGGAAAGGAAAAUGCCCGUUUGAAAUGACAGAGGAUGGGCGGCUGCUUAUACUGGACCCAGAGGCUGGAAAAGCUGAAAAGGAUGAGCCAUCAAGCGAAACAGAAGAGGCAGCAAAUGAUCUUUUGGAGGCACUGUCUCACUACAAGAGCAAGAAGCGAAAGGCAUCUCUUGAUGCAGAUGGUGGAGAAGGCACAUCAGGAGCAGCCAGUGGUGCUGGACUCUCCAAAAAGAAAAAAACUGAGAAGACAUCUGACGGGGAUGCAAGGAAGGGCAAGUUGGAGCCCUAUGCAUACUUGCCAUUGAACCGAAAGUUGCUGAACAAAAGGUUCAAGAAGAGGCCUGCGGCAUUUAAGAGAUUGCUUUCAGCUGCACAGAAAGGUGCACGAAAAGGACAAAAGACAAGAGCAGCCAAUGUCAAGAAAGCCAAAUAUAAUAAAUAACAUAUUUAUUAGUGUUUUUCUCCUAAUUUCUUUUAAAUUUUAAUUUAUUUAGCAGUUAUUUAUUGUACAUAAAGUUCAAUAAAAAUGAAUCUGUGUUUCA